AUGUUCACUAAUAGCUUCAUCUUCUUGCUCGGCCUUUUCGCCCUCGCCCUCCAAAUAAUUCCUCGAGUCGCGUCUGCUCCACUCCAGGUACCUUUCGACCAAUUCUUGGCCACAGUCAAGGCAGCCAAUUUUCAUCAAUGGCGGCACAGCACCGUAGACAGUGAGGCGUCAUUCAACCAAAUGAAGGCGCACAUUCUCGACAUGUACAGCGGCGUCGGGAGCGUCAAGCACUCCUUCGUACACGACGGCCGCUACGCCGACUGCAUCGACAUUCACAGGCAGCCAUCCCUCGCAGGUCGUCCCCUAGCAACUGCACCAGUCGCUGCAUUGAACCAACCUCCCACCUCACAAGGAGGACCUGAGGGCCCAAAAGUACCCAUAGACUCCCCGCUGACGCAAAACCUGGUAGAUCCAUUCGGGAACUCUAUCUCCUGCCCGGACGGAACCAUCCCCUUCGCCCGCCUAACGCUCGAGCGAUUGACCGCCUUCCCCACCCUCGCCGGGUUCUUCGCAAAGUCCACAACCGGAGCUGGGCAAGCGCUGAGUGGUCGAGAAUUGGAGGGGGGACUCGAGAGCCGAGGCCCCUCAGCCCAACCCCACCUGUACGCCUACGGUUUCCAACAAAUCACCAACUUCGGUGGUCACUCAUGGUUGAACCUAUGGAGCCCCGUUGGCGAUUUCAGCCUCUCCCAGCAGUGGUACGUAGGCGGGUCCGGAGCUAGCCUUCAGACAGCCGAAGGGGGGUGGGUUGUCUACCCGCAGCAUUUCAGUACCCAGGCUGUGCUUUUCAUCUUCUGGACGCCCGACGAUUACACUACAGGCUGCUAUAACCUAGAAUGCAAAGCCUUUGUUCAGAUCAGCAAUAAAUGGAACCUGGGAGGAACGUUUGACCAGUACAGCGUCACGGGUGAUGGGCAGCGCGGCUUUGACUUGCAAUACAAAUUGUUCCAGGGCAAUUGGUGGUUGUUCCUCAGAGGCUCGAGCGCAAACUACGACGCAGUCGGCUACUAUCCCGGAUCGAUCUAUAACAAGGGACAGUUGACCAAGAACGCGGAGCUCGUUGAGUAUGGCGGCGAGGUUACGAGGUUCACUACCGCAGACGUCUGGCCGCAGAUGGGCAGCGGGAUGUUCCCGAGCAAAGGUUAUUCGCAGGCCGCUUUCCAGAACACGAUUUACUACAAUCCGCGCGAUGAAAGUGAUGGGGUUGGCGUUUGGUCGUUCUUGACGAAGGUCGUAGUGGGCAGCCAUAGCUGCUGGGACAUCAACAUCACGGAGUCGGCUCAGGGAGGCGGUUGGGGUACUUUCUUUUUCUUUGGUGGGCCAGGUGGUAAUACGUGCUAA